UAAUUCGGCUGACUCCUCCCAGCGUUGCCAUUUAUCGUAUUAAUAAUCACACCACUUGAGCUUCUCCUUAAAAGUGGGAGGGCUGCUCGAGAGCGCCUAAAAACGCUAGGAGCUGUCUCCGUUACGCGAGGUGCUGAAAGUGCCACUCGCCGCAUCAUGUGGUCGGUCUUCUUUGUCUUUCUGUCUUAUCUGGACAGAAACUUCGUCAAGGGCGACUUCCUGAGCCGCGCUUUGGACGCAGAGAAGGAGAGCAAAGAAAUGUUCUCCAUGCUCAAUGGCACCUUUUGCGCAAAAAUGUCAACCGUCAGGGAGAAUUUCCUCUACCAGGUGUCAGACGGAGCCGAGGCGGUGCGCUCCGUUGUCAGUCCCGCCGGGAAGCUUGUGACCUGCUCUGUCGUUGUGAACCAGAUGCUGGUGAAAUCGUUCAUGCACGAGUGCAGGUUGGGACUGACAAGGCAGAGAGCCGGGCGGCAACUGGAGACGCGUUUUGCACGCAUGGAUGAAGCUAAACUGAUGUGCCGGGAUUUUAAAGAACGGUCGGAACGCAGAGGCAGGGUGAAGCGUCGCAGCGAUGACCCCGCGAUGAAAGAAAAGGUUUUAAAAAGAUCCAAGAGAGGCUUUACUUAUCCUGGGACCCUGUGGUGUGGAGCUGGAAACAUGGCUGAUCAUUAUGACCAGCUCGGAGAGUUUGCACAGACCGACAGCUGCUGCCGUAUUCAUGACCACUGCCCUCAUGUCAUCCACGCCUUCUCCUCAAAGUAUGGCCACACUAAUUUCAAGUGGCACUCCAUCUGCCAUUGUGACUGUGAUACUGCGUUGAAAGAUUGUCUGAGGAAAGUCAAUGACACAUCUUCCAGGGUAGUUGGUCAGGCUUUCUUCAAUGUCAUCGGUGUGCCUUGCUUUGAGUUUGCCUAUGAAGAACAAUGUGCAGAGCGGCACUGGUAUGGCAUGUGUAAACGAUAUGAGAAGCUGCCCGUUGCUGUGCUGAAAGAGGCGGUCCCGUAUGACUUUGGCGGUAUUGAUGUCAUUGAUGAGCUGACAGUGGCUCCUCCCAAGAAGGAGUCCAAGAAAAGCGAGGAAGAAAAAACAGAGAGUACAGCACAGUCUCCAAUGUCAGGCCCUGAAGAGCCUUCCCUCAGAAACGUUGUCACUGCUGCUGAGGACUUCAUCAAGGUCCUUGCUACUGUCUCCACCUCUCAAAGCUCCACCACCGACUCUGAUAAAGGGGAGUCGCAAAGCUCAGAGAAGAAGAAGAGGAAGAACACAGGGAAGAAGAAGAAAACCACCAAAAAGCAGAAAGGAAAAGGAAAGGGAAAGGGGAGGAAGAGAAAGCAGAAAGCAGAGGCUGUUAAAAUAGAGGAAGGAGCAGUUGUUUCAACAUCUGGCUGCAAAGCAGAAGAAGCCAUUGCUUUAAGUAACUUCAUCUGUGAGGCACGCACACAUGACCAGUCAAGUAGAAACGCAAACAGAGUCAGUGACAGUGAACAUGUGCUCCGGGUAAAAGAAGAGUCCUCCAAUGAAGUCAUGAAAGAUGAACCAGCGAUGGAUAAGGAGACUGUUUCCAUUACAUCAUCUACGAUAAUCCAGAAGAUACCGGCAGAGUCGGACAGAGAUAAGAUGACCACAGAAGAAAUCACCCUUUCUACGCCAUCAACAGUGGCAACUGUUCCACAGAAAGCAAACACCAGAAGGCUAAGAAAAGGGAGAAAGAAGAGCAAGAAAAUUCCUCUUCCUUCUUCUGAAGGACUUUUAAUGAGUACAACAGACAACUUAAGUGCCAUUUCUGUCCCCACCAUCAUUACCACAACCCCAGUGGCAAAGCCAGAGCAACAAAGCUUUGGGAGCAACACUGAAAAGCGACCUGUCUUCAUCUCUGCCAGGACCCCCAUUGUAAUCACCAAAGUCAAAAGGAACAGGUCAAAGGAGAGAGGAGACAGAAAGGAGAGGAAAAAAAGGAGGAAAGUCAGCUCAGAUUCUCCCAUUGUGACUGCUGCCCAUGAAAAUUCCUCAGUGGACAAUCUGAAAGUGAUCCCUCUCACUGGGGCUCCCACCGUACCAUCGGUGCCCACCACACAGCAGCAGGUUUCACACAGGCUGGACAUUUAUGGAGGGAAGAUGGCCGUCCAAGUUAAGGCUCAAAACUCCUCCUUUAGCGUUUUGAAAAGGCAAAAGUCAAAAGAGAGAGGACUGAGAAGCAGGAGGAGGAAGACAGUCUCGCCUCUUUCAAACGAAAAUCCUCUUUUUCAUUACAGCUCUGAAAAUGUGCUUCCUGUUCUUCCAACUCCAGAGACGAUUGAUGCUUUAAGCAGCCCUGCAUCCACGGCUGCAAUUAGCAGGCCUACAGAAGAAACAGAUACCCACAGUGAAUGGAGGCUUUUGACCACUAUCACAGCAGCCCCUUCUAUCAUUACGAAACAAUACAGGCAGACAAUCAGAAAACCAAGAAAGGAAGCCUUGCCUGCGGCUCUCAGUGUUGGAGUUUCUAUCCCUAAGACCAAACAAUCACCAAUGACAUUUAUAACCACGCCAUCCAUAGUUGCCUCUACUGAAGAGCUCAAUCUACAGAGGUCUGAGAAGCCCCGCAUGACCACCUCAGCAAUUGUCACCAUGAGUCCAAUUCAGUUAUCUAUUGAGAGAGCAAAAGCACAAUACACCAGGAAGAAGAGAAGGAAAGCAGCACUGUCUAUUAGACAUAAGUGAGUCAUGUGGUGCAAGCAUGGCAGGAUUGGCUAAAGCUGAUGAUACACGGUGCAAUUUGAGCAGUGUUGCUGGGCAAUGUUGCUGGUGGCAAGUCCGACUAUGUUUUGAACAGAUAGCGGCAGGGCGGGUGGCGGAGCGGGGGGGAAGGGGAUUACAGUAGUAAUCUUUACUCAUUACCACUGACGCUAACAUUGCCCAGCACCAUUGCUCUAAAAGUUGCUCUGUGUAUCAUCAGCUAAGAACUUUAGCAACUUAGCUGGCUAGGCUAGCUCCUGUCAAUCAGAUACACUUGCUACACAAUGUGUUAAAUGCUAUCAAAAGCAUUUACAGUAUAAUCUUUUCUGGUUCAGCAUUUAAAUCAGAUUGACAAAAAUCAUAUUUGAUUGUAAUGUGAGAAUCGUGUUUUGUAAUACUCUAUUGCAUGCAUAUUAAAAUUUCUGAAUGAUUAUGAAAGUUUCUGACAGUGCCUAUGUUUCUAUCUAGUUAUGAAAUAAAUAUAUUUUUUAAAAUAAUUUGACAUUGGGAAUUAAGAUUUUUUUUUCUUGCUGAGAGUUAGAUGAGAAGAUUGGUACAACUCCUGUCUCAGUACGCUAAAUAUGAAGCUACUGCCAACUUUUGCAUGUUGGUUUAACACUUUAACACAUUUAAAUUAAAGAAAUUAUAUCUGACAUGUUAAUUACUUUAGAGAUGCUGGUAGGUGGCUUUUGCUACUUUUGGACAGAGCCAGGCCAGCUGUUUCCCCCUGUUUCUAGUUUUUAAGCUUUAUAUUUACCUUCAGACAUGAGUGGUAAAAAUAUUUUAAUCUAAGUCGAAAGAAGAAAGUGAAUUUGUGCACAAUAUCAAACAUUCCUUUAAACUUUGUAGAUAAUCUGAAAACCCAAAAAUUCUGCUAAAUAUGAUAAUAUAAUAAGCAGAGAGAAAGCUAGCUAGUUGUAGAUAGACAAAACUCUAAAGGAUCUUUUAAAAAUAAUUUUGUGCGUACAUUUCCGUGUUAUCUCAGCUGGAAAUAUUUAAUCAACAGGAGAAAAUUGAAAAAUCUAAAGCUCAGAGGCUUAACACUGACCUGCUCAACCUGAUAUUAAUCUUAAGUGAACUGUUCUUUCCAUACAGUGUGCACAGAAACCACGCCAAGAAUAUUCUGCAAGUUUAGGCACAUACUGUGUCCUUUUGUUCUGAGGGACUGGGGACAUCGGCCUUAUAGUUGCCACGCCCCUUAACACAAGGUCACAUUCUCCACACAGAUUAGGUGCUCACUUUACGCAUUACUUUCACCUCUUCACCUCUCAUGAGGGUUGAAAUAUCCAAUGCGGAGGCUGAAAUCCUCCAGGUCAGCUGAUUCUCAUAUGCUUGCAUACUAGGAAUUCAUCUGGAUGAGUCUGAAAGGGUGUCCAAAUAAGAUCUGAAUCACAUCUGACACAUUUAAAAUCGUACAGCAUCAGAUUAUCUUGUGUAAAUCUUGCAAACCGUGGAAAUUAUGUAACAAUGCUGACUUUCAUGCUACAGCUCAGCAUUUUUGGAAGACACCCAAGCAUUCAAAGGAGCUUGGCAUUCAGACACAAGCAUAAGCUGAAAUGGCAGAGCGACUAACACAGUUGGAUCUGUGAUAAGACCAUUUCUCACAUCGAGGGAAGAAAGAGUGGCUGGAAUUUUCCAUUUCAUGUGCAAGUUUGUGACCUCUGGGAAUAUCUUUUGGGUUCAUGUUCAUGCUUUCAUGUAUGUUUAAGUUUAUAAGCACAACAUCUGCAAAUGGAUUUAAACUCUAGGUUGGGAUUUUAAAACUCAUAUAAUUGCAGAAAUACACAGAAUGCUCACACAACUUUCAUUUACAUAAGAAAUUAAACACAGAAAACUUUAGUGUCUGUCCAAAUGAGAAUUAUAAGGGGAUAAAGAAUGAUUAACACAGAGGUCAACACACACACAUAGACAUACAGUAUUCUCUCUCUCUCUCUCUCUCACACACACACACACACACACACACACACACACACACACACACAAAGGCUAAUAGUUGUGGAAAACUUCUGAAUGUCUACAGCAUUUUUAUGUCCAUAUGAUGUUUCAUUAAAUGUAUAAUUGUAAAAAUUAAAGAAAGUUUAA